AUCACAUGAUGCUCAAUUCGGGUUUAAGCCUGGACUGUCGACCGAGAGCGCCAUCCUUAGUCUUAAGCACACUGUCAGGUACUACACGGAUCAGGGGACUCCCAUUUACGCAUGCUUCCUCGACCUCUCCAAGGCGUUCGAUCUUGUGUCUUAUGACAUCCUUUGGGAUAAGAUGAGGAGGCAGGGCAUCCCGUCAGAAGUAUCACAAAUAUUCCUUUAUUGGUAUGCUAACCAGAUUAACAGCGUAAGAUGGGCUAACGUUUUUUCUGAGGAGUAUGGGUUGCAGUGCGUGGUGAGACAGGGUGGGCUGACGUCUCCCAGGCUUUUCAACCUAUACGUAAAUGACCUCAUUGUUGCCCUUUGUAGUAUGCGUAUCGGAUGCUGGGUAGAUGGUGUUUGUAUCAACAACAUAAGCUACGCUGAUGAUGUGGUACUGCUGGCGCCAACAAUGGGGGCUCUCAGAAAGAUGGUGGGUGUGUGUGAAGCGUAUGCUAAAUGCCAUGGCUUAUUGUAUAAUGUGAAGAAGAGCGAAUACAUGGUAUUUAAGGCUGCCAGUAAAUGUCCAAACGUGGUACCCGAUCUCUUGCUGAAUGGGGUAAAGUUAAACAGAGCCACUAAAUUUAAAUAUCUCGGACACUACGUUACUGAUGACCUUAAAGAUCAUGUUGAUAUCGAGAGGGAACGAAGGGCGCUGGCAGUAAGGUGUAAUAUGUUGGCUCACUCGCAGAAAUCGCUUAGCGUCCUUCGGGUCCAAUAUAACAACGGUUUCAGGGUGCUGUUGGGCUUGCCUCACUUCUGCAGUGCUUCGGAAAUGUUUGCUCAGUCGCAUACUGACGGCUUCUUAGCUGUCCUAUGCAAGAAGACUGCCUCGUUGCUCAGUAGGAUACGGGUGAGC